AUGUCUUCCAGGCAACAGCUGCUCCAGCAGGCGAAGACAGAAAGUCCUGAACAGGCGGAAGCACUUUAUAAAGAAAUCAUCUCGUCGCCUGUUAAUCAAUAUGCGGUUGUAGAGGAACGUGAGCGUGAGCUACGCUAUCAGGAGACCGCCCUCGUGAAGCUUGCGGAAUUGUAUAGGGAUCAGAAGAACGCAAAGGGUGUCGCCGAGGUUGUAAACUUCUCUCGUACCUUUGUCUCGUCAACCGCCAAGGCGAAGACCGCUAAGCUCAUAAGGACAGUUCUGGAUUGUUUUGUUCCUAUCCCGGAUAGCCAGCAAAUCCAGAUAGAAGUUCUCACAGAGAACAUCGAAUGGGCUAAGCGAGAGAAACGGAUCUUUUUGAAGCACAGUCUAGAGACACGACUCGUUGGGCUCCAAUUGGAGACAUCCCAAUAUAAGCCUGCACUUGCGCUUAUAGAUACUCUACUCACCGAGUUGAAGCGUCUAGACGACAAGAUGAUUUUGACGGAAGUGCACCUAUUAGAGAGUAGAGUUUAUCGUGGUGUCGGCAAUAUUUCGAAAGCUAAGGCGGCGCUCACCUCAGCGCGGACGGCCGCGAACUCCAUCUACUGUCCACCACACCUUCAAGCGCGACUUGAUAUGCAAGCAGGCGUUCUACAUGCGGAAGAAAAGGACUACACAACUGCAUAUUCGUACUUCUUUGAGACGUUCGAGAACAUGAGCACGCAGGACGACCCAGGAGCGCUCGGUGCUCUCAAGUACAUGUUGCUUUGCAAAGUGAUGUUGAACCUGCCAGAGGAUGUGACGUCUCUUCUUUCAAUCAAGCUCGCCUCGAAGUAUGCUCAACUACGAGAUGUGGAAAGUAUGCGAGCAAUCGCACGGGCACAUCAGAAGCGAAACUUGGCCGACUUUGAGAAGGCGCUCAAGGAUUAUCAACAAGAAUUAUCAUCUGAUCCAACCAUUCGCACACACCUAUCGGCGCUGUAUGAUACGCUGCUGGAACAAAAUCUACUCCGAAUCGUCGAACCGUAUUCAGUCGUCGAGGUCGAAUACGUCGCACAACAAGUGGGGCAGGGGCGCCAAGCAGUAGAGCUCAAGCUAUCACAAAUGAUUCUUGAUAAAGUGUUCCACGGUGUGUUGGACCAAGGGCGAGGCUGCUUAAUUGUCUUUGAGCAGCCUGAGGCUGAUAACACGUAUGGUGCAGCCAUUGAGACGUUAGAGCAGGUUGAGAAGGUCGUCGAAUCGCUAUAUGCAAAGGGCUAUGUUAUCGGUUACGCAUUUCCUGCCACAUCGCGUACCGCUGAGGGUUUCGGAUAUUGGAACCCCCGGGAGUAUAAAGGUAGAGAGAGUCCUACUGCUCUGGAAUCGUUAACAACUCGAUCGUCUAGGUCUCUCUAUCCCCCGUUCUCUCGACUUUGGCAGUCCGUCUCAUAA